AUGAAUCCAAAUGAAGAGUAGUAGAGACUUUACUAGUAGAUGUUCUAACAAAUGGGUAAUCCAGAUCCAUAUGGACGAAUGUUACCUAUGCCAAAUCCUCAAUAUUACUAAUGUUGGACUCCGCCUUUUCCUCAACCAAUGAUGCCGCCUCCUCCAAAUUAAAAAUAUCCAUUUCCGGAUUAAUUUAUGCAUGACCCAGGCCUUCAAAUGAAUUCUCUUCCGCCUAAUCAAGGUGGAAUGAAUAUCAAUGGUAUGCCAUAGGGUUUACCAAAUAUGCCUCCAAUGCCAAUUGGAUUUGGUAUGCCUCCAAUGGGACCAGGCCAAUUACCUCCAGGAACAAUGGGACCAGGUCCCAUGGGUCCUAUGGGUCCAAUGAGUGCCAUGGGUCCAAUGGGUCCUAUGGGGCCUAUGGGUCCAGGACCGAUGUAAUUACCUGGAAUGGGCCCGAUUCCUUAAGGACCUAUGGGACAAAUGCCAAAUUUUGAUUUUCCAUUUAAACAAUAGCCACAAUUAUAAUAGUAAUUAGGACAGAAUCAAAUGAUGCCAUAGUAAUAGCAAUAAUAAUAAUAAUAACUACUUUCAUAACAAUAGCAAUAACAAUAACAAUAACAAUAACAACAGCAAAUUUAACAAUAAUAAUAGGCACCUUAAACAUAAACUUAAACUUAGGCAAGCUCAAAUACAAAUAAUAAUAGUAUGACACAAUCAAAUAAUUUAGAAUAAGGGUUUUCAUAAGUUGUGAACGAGUUUUAAUUAAAAAUUUUAAAUAUGUUUGUUUAACAAAACUAGAUGCUAUUAGACUUUAAGAAUAAAAAUGCCAAUUUGGAGAGUGUUAUAACAUAGAUAUUGGAUGAGAUAACAAAUCUAUAAAGAAUUGUUGAACAAAAAUUCGAUAAUGGAUAGACAGAAGAUUUUGUUAGUAGAUUAUCAAUCCCUCAUCAAGAAAUGACUCAUAACAAUGUCCUAUUAAAAUCUUUAUCUUAUAGUUUAAAUGAAUUUUAAUACUAAUUGGUAUUGAUUAAUGACUUAGAUACUGUUUUAUUUAAGGACAAGAACUUUAACCUUGAAAUUGCCCUGAAGGAUAUGAAAGGAUAAAAUAUUAAAAAUAAAAAUAAGAUAGAAUUAGAGAUACAACUAUAUUCAUCAGAUGAUAAACCAAUGUUAUUGCAACUCAAUUCAUAAAACCAGGGAAUUUUAAGAUUACCUGAGGAUAAUAUUUGGCUAGAGGAUGGAAUAAUAGAAGUUGAGAAACUAUAAAUCAAUGAAGUUACAUCUCACUUCCAAAAUGGUUGGGUCCACAUGAUCGUAUAUCCUAUAAGGGAUAAUAAUAAAAAUGGAUAAGAUGACAUUAAUCCUGCAUUAAUAAAACCAUUAAUUUUGUAAAUUGUAGUGAAAUCAAAAAAAACAUUAAAGAAAUCGUCUCGUUCUAGGUCCAGAUCUCAUGAAAGAUUAAGAAGAUUGGAGAAGCUAGAAAAUAAAUCAAGUUCAGAAUCAGAGUAGGAAAUUGAAUAAAAAGAUAUAAAAAUAUCGUAAGAGAAAUAAAACGGAAAUGAAAAUUAAAUAGAAGAAUAAAAUGAAAACCCAAAAGAGAGCGAUAAGAAAAACAAUAGUAUCCAGAAUAAUAAUGAAUAGUAGAAGGAAAAUCAACAAUAAAAGGAAGGAAUUUAUUAAAAUAAUGAAUCUGAGUCUUGAGAAUCAUGAUGUAAUUAUGAUACUUAUCUAUUAAAUUUCA